AUGGCCUCGAAUAGAAUUAACAGGUACAGAUCUCUUUACGAGAAAUUAGUCAGACCAAAUAAUGGAUCAACCUUCCCAAGACAUGUAUUCAUUAGAUCAGCUAACCUACAAUCCUCUGUUUAUGAACGUGUUGGUGAUAGAUAAAAUUGCUUUGAGAGCACUCUUCUCCACUUGACUGAGAGAUUUAAUGGAAAGGAAGUGUACCUUGUUGGCUCAAUGAAUCAAUCAAGCAUGCUCGCUUAAAGAACCAAGAGACUAAUUGAAGAAAUUUAGCCAGAUGUUGUACUUGUCUAAACCAAUGCAAAAUGGUGGGAAAAGGCUAAGCUUUUGCAAUAUGUGGACUCACAAGAAGAAUUAAACAAAUAUGAAACUCAUUUGAACAAGAGUCUAUCUCAAAUGUGGCUUGAACCAUACUGGAGUUCACGUAAAAUCCUAUUCCUAGCAAGACAAUACCUUAAUGGAUUUUUAUUCCAGGCUCAUUUUAGAUUCGGCAGUGAUUUCAAGUUUUGGCUACCAGGUCUUGAGGUUAAAUAUGCUUGUGAAGCAGCAGAGAAGGUAGGUGCUGAGGUUCAUUUUAUGGGAUCUGAGAUUAACCCAGUUACUUAUGAGAGAUUAUAUCAUGAAACUAGAUUUAAUGCAAUCCAAUAUUUUGUCAAGAGAUUCUAAUAUGUUCUCUCUAACUGGGGAUUAGAAAACGAAUCUAACUAGUAAAAGAUCCACUUAGUAGGUCCAAGAACAUUCACUGAAAAAUGUCUCGACUCACAUCUCAUUAACUGGUACAUCCAAGCCACUGACAUCUUCUUCCCAAGAAUGAAACAAAUUUUCGUUGACAGCAGAGAUGAAGAUCUUUUCAGUCAUAUUGAUAAUUGUGAAGGCAAGAAAGUUGUUGCAGUUGUGAAUUAAUGGCAUUUAGAGGGUAUCGAGCAUCACUGGUGUCACAGAUACGGCCAAGUACCAAGAGCAGUCGUCUUCCCAGAAGGUAUUAACCCAGUCGGAGAUAUGAACUUAAGAGAAGGUCUCUUCCAAAGACUUUACAACUAUGUUCACAGAGAAAUCGCAUCUGCAAACUCAAAGGGAUCCCCAGCAACCUAUGCAGACUGGAUCAUUGGUUAUCACAGAGAGUCAAACUGGUAAUACGAGCACAGAGACAUGUGA